GAAUGUCGAAGCAAGGAGAAUAAAGACGAGUAAAGGAAUGGAGCCGGUCAGGAGCCAGAGCAUCAAGAUAAUCUUUGAGGGGGAUAUCGCGACCACACCCAUAAGGGUGGCAGCCACCAAGUCGGCAAGAGGGUCUACAUCGAAGAAGACUGACACGGAUUACGUGAUGACGGAGAAGGACGGGCAGCGAGUCGAUGGAGAGGAGGUUAUCCUUUCGCCGCGAAAGAGAGGAGUGAAGAAGUUCUUAAUGAAGAGUUCGCUGGACGAGAUUGACACGGUUGAGCCACUGAGGCGGACCCUUCAGCAACCAAUGCAGUGCUCUAUUCUGGAGUACCUGGCGGCAUCGAAGCCGGCUCGUGAUGAAUUACAGAUGAUCAUGCGGAAGACUCGCAUACCUCGAUCAGAGGAGGGUCAGGGGGUCCCUAAAGCGGAAGCUUCUACAGUAGCGGUAACGGGGGUGACUGCCAGAGAGGAUCGCAUGGCGACAGUCCUUCUCGAUGGGAUGGAAGGUGUGCCUCCAGACAAGUUUUAUAUACUUGGUAGCGGGGCUGUAGAGACGAUUAUAAACGAUGGAGCGAUACUCGAUGCUGUGAUUGAUAACGGCAGUGAGGCUGUCAUCAUAGACGAGGACCUGGCAGUACAAGUUGGACUGGGCCUCGAUAGAUCAUACCUAUUCGAGAUAGAGACGGCUGAUGGGAGAAAGCAACAGAUCACUGGGGUUUGUCACAAGGCARCCAUAGAGGUUCAAGGGGUAAGAGUGACCCUGCUUGUCUUUGCAGUCAAAAACUGUAGCUCCGACAUGCUCUUGGGUCGAACGUGGCUGAGCCGCGUGCAUGUGGUGACGAUAGAGCGACCUGAUGCGAGCCAAACAUUGUCCAUUAGGAAGCCAGACGGGACGCGGGUGAUGAUUGAGGCAGUGGAGCCUCGGGACCCGAGGAACAAAGCAGCUCUCGCUGUGGGUGCAAGACCUAGUGAUCAGAUUAAGUCGUUACCUAUCUCCGGCCGCGCGGUGCAAUUUCGCGAGAAGAGAUUUGGACCACUGCUUACAGAGGAAGAAGGUCGGAUCGUGGAGGUGGAAGAUUUAGGGAGUCGGCUAAUAGUGGACGGCAACUCGUAACCAAAGGAAAGAGAUGAGGAAUUUGGCGGUGUGGUAUCCGUGUCUUUUUUAAG